UCGCGGCUGGCUCUUCCCCGCAUGGAUCUGGUCGGAGUGUCAUCGCCGGAACCCGGGCCGGCAGCGGCCUGGGGACCCAACAAGUGUCCAUGGGCUACUCCUCAAAAGACAAUAUCCUGUUCUUUGGCUGAUGUCAUGAGUGAGCAGUUGGCUAAAGAGUUGCAAUUAGAAGAAGAAGCUGCUGCUUUUCCUAAAGUUGCUGUUGCUGAAGGACCAUUUCUUACUGGAGAAAACACUGAUACUUCCAGCGACCUAAUGCUGGCUCAGAUGCUACAGAUGGAGUUUGACAGAGAAUAUGAUGCACAGCUUAGGCGUGAAGAAAAAAAAUUCAAUGGCGAUAGCAAAGUUUCCAUUUCCUUUGAGAAUUAUCGAAAAGUGCAUCCCUAUGAAGACAGUGAUAGCUCUGAAGAUGAGGUUGACUGGCAGGACACUCGUGAUGAUCCAUAUAGACCAGCAAAACCAGUUCCUACUCCCAAAAAGGGGUUUAUUGGAAAAGGAAAAGACAUCACCACCAAACAUGAUGAAGUAGUCUGUGGGAGAAAGAAUACAGCCAGAAUGGAGCAUUUUGCACCUGGGUUUCAGGUAGGAGAUGGAAUUGGAAUGGAUUUAAAACUAUCAAACCAUGUUUUCAAUGCUUUAAAACAACAUGCCUACUCAGAAGAACGUCGAAGUGCCCGCCUCCACGAGAAAAAAGAACACUCUACUGCAGAAAAAGCAGUUGAUCCUAAGACACGCUUACUUAUGUAUAAAAUGGUCAAUUCGGGAAUGUUGGAGACCAUCACUGGCUGCAUCAGCACAGGGAAGGAAUCUGUUGUCUUUCAUGCCUAUGGAGGGAGCAUGGAAGAUGAAAAGGAAUGUAGUAAAUUUAUACCUACAGAAUGUGCCAUCAAGGUAUUUAAAACAACCCUUAAUGAGUUUAAGAACCGUGACAAAUACAUUAAAGAUGAUUUCAGGUUUAAAGAUCGCUUCAGUAAACUAAAUCCACGUAAGAUCAUCCGAAUGUGGGCAGAAAAGGAAAUGCACAACCUCACCAGAAUGCAGAAAGCUGGAAUUCCUUGCCCAGCAGUUGUGCUGCUCAAGAAACACAUUUUAGUGAUGUCUUUUAUUGGCCACGAUCAAGUUCCAGCUCCUAAACUGAAAGAAGUCAAGCUCAGUAGCGAAGAAAUGAAAGAAGCCUACCACCAAACUCUUCACUUGAUGCAGCAGUUAUAUAAUGAAUGCACGCUCGUGCAUGCCGACCUCAGUGAAUAUAACAUGCUGUGGCAUGCUGGAAAGGUGAGGAGCAUGUUCUGUUAAUGUUCAGAUUAAAUU